CUCUUACACACACACACACACACACAAAAACACACAGAGUAGAGCAAUGGGUCCACUGCUGCACAAGAGGGUGGGCAGUUAGAGGGGCUGACUGUCCCCAUUCAGAGGCAACACACAAAAAAAAAACCACAUUAUGUACAUAAUUUUCAGUGUAUGUUUACAUAGGCACAGUACAGGUGUCCUGGGAGGGAAAAAGCAUGUCAACACCAACUUUCACAUCUCAUCUACAGGUUACCUGCAGUCGCUUCAUCUGAGCCAGUGUCAGUGAAAGUGUGAAGUUAUUUUUAUUUUAUUUUUUUUGGGUCACUGGAGCUCAUUUUGUCACCCUUUUUUCCCCCCUUGUUAAAAUCCUGCAACAGGAAAUAUUUUGUAUAUUUUGAUUUCAGCAGGUAUUCAUGAUGACAAGGAAGUGCCAGUGUUAUAAAAUUUUCUCUUUGCCUUUAGUGGCUACUUGUACUGUUUAGUUGGUUGUAUUCUUGAUUUUUAUCUGCCGGGAUGUUUCGAGCUGAACAGUGUGUGUUUGUGUGCUGUGCAUGUUGCCGUGCUGAAGCCAGGCUGUGUGUCCUCUUCGCACUCCGUGUGCACAGGCGGGUUGUUGUUGUUGUUGGUCUUCACAAGGGCACGACGCUGAAUUGGUUCUGUCAUUUUUUUGUCUUAAAAAAAUACAUGUCUUAAUUCUGUGAAAAAGAAAAAUAUAUAUAUAUUUAUCAUACACAUCACUUCUCAAGGCACCAGUCUCUUUUUUUUUUUUUUCAUUCUCAGUCUGCAGGAUUGGAAGUAAAAUAUGACCAUGAUUGGACUUGUGGUUGAUGAUGUUUUAAGACACUGAGGAAAGCUUCACUGACGAGGUGAAUACUGUUCUUUUAACUUUGUUUUUGUGUAACAGAAAAAAAAGAGGGGCACAUUUUAAUGGAUGGGUAUGUUUUCCUGGCCUGCAAUGAGAUGUCAAAAAUAAAAAAAAAGCAAAUUUCCAAAGUUGACGGUGUUUUGAGAUCAACCCGUUUUUGUUCUUUUACUGUGGAAUAAAAGCAGCUUUCUGGUUCAUAAGCAAACGCUGGUUUUACUGAUUUAAAUCAAAGCUGUCGUUUUUUUAAAUUCUGCCUGUGUGUUGACUUCAAGUUAACUCAUGUAAGUAUACAUUUGUCACUGAGAUAACUUUACAUCAGACUUGAUUAUAGGGUUUUGAAAGGUGUUCACAAACAAAUCAUAAUAAUUCAACUCAAAACACAGUGAAAAAGCACAGGUGUGUCGUGUCGUCCCAGGCUGGACACGGACAGGAUUCUGGACAUUGACAGAAUGAGAGAUGCUUAUUGGGAAAUUAAUUUUCUGUUUUUUUUGUCUUCCUUAUAUAAAGACAAUGAAGCUCCAUCUCAUAAAAUCCAGAAGCCAAGUUAAAGGAUAGUUUUGUCCCAUUGAAAAGAUAUUUAUUCACUACAGUCCUGUGUUUGGGAUCUUAUACAUUUAUAACAGUAAUCUCCAUGUAUGUUUCUUGCACUUCGCUGCAUAAAAGCCUCCAGGUUGUGUUUAGUCAGAUCACAUUUUGCUGGCUCUGUCUCUGUGUUUUUUUUAAACACAUGAUGUUAAAGUAGCCAAGAGCAGGCUACAGAGGAACUGCUUUGUUUACAUUUUGCAAACCACAGAAUAUUACAAAUUUAGAUUUUGACUCAUUUUCUCUACUCACUUCUACUCACUUUUUUUUUUUCUUUUUUUUUUGAAGCAGCGGCUGUACAAGCUGCAGAAAAGCUACUUUUGGGAGUACAGUAGCUUUUUAAAAAUUAUAUCCAGUGCUCUCAAAUAAAAAAACAAAACAAAACCUUCAGCUGUCACCUGUAUGGAAGCCCAUUGCUGCUAGAAAAAGAAAAGCUUAGAUGAAAAGUUAGUCAUGAUUUAAAAACAAAACAAACAAACAUACAAAAAACACACUCGCAGUAGCUCAAUAUUGAAAAGAAAUAGUAAAUCAACAUUUUGACUUAUUACAUCAUAAUUAAAAGGUAGCGAGUCAAACUUUUUAGCUCACAAUUUUUGACUUAAUAAGCCAAACUUUUAACUUUUUAGCUCAUAAUUGUUACUUAAUACGCCAAAAUUUCGACUUUUAAUCUCAUUUCACUUGAUUUACCAUGGUCAUUUUUUAUUUUUUUAAAUCUUUUUUAAUCAUUAUUAUUAUUCUGGCAGAAGUGGACUUCCGUAUGCAUGUCAUCUUGUCUGCCCCCAUUUCCCCAAAUGUAAUAUUUACCACCUCUGUAAUUAUACAUUGCCACCCACAAGCUUGGAGAUUAUAUCCUGCAUCAACACAUGAAUAUAAACACUAGAUGUGCAAACGGAUCCUCGUGAAAUGUGUCAGGAAAUGAAGUGACAGUGGAGCCUUGAUUGAUGCUCGCUCUUGGUUGAUUUCUCGCUCAUACUCUUCUGCUCAUUCCUCUUCACGCAGAAUAAACAUGUGAAAUACUGUUAUUGCAUCUCCACUGUUUGUACAGUGUGUUUACCUGAAGCUGACCUCACACCUGCACUAUAUUCCUGAUGUCUUACCACAAAACAUUUAGGGUUUAUUUUUCAUUUUUCUAUGAACAGGUUGGAAUUUAAUCAAGAAAUUUGAGCAUCUGUUUUAAACAAAUGAGGGGAAAUACUAUUGAUGGAGUUUCUAUCACUCACACAUAAACACACAUUCUCAUCACAUCACUAAAGUUAUGGCAAUUGUUCAUUUGAUUGUUGUUUGUGUUGACUGUUUUCUACUCCUUGCUAUGAGUUUUUAUUUCAGGGAAUUAUGCAUGUAAUUUAACCUUAAGUUGAAAUAUUUUAUUAUGUUUUGUUUAUUUGUUCUUCUUUUGGUUGGGGGUCAAUAACUAAAUAAAGGAGACAAUUUGAAGAAAAAGAAAGGCUUCCUUGUUUGUGUUUGAUUGGCAUGGAGCAGGUUCACGCUAUGAUAAGGGUGACCAGCAUUUGACGCUAAGAGGAGGGUGGGAAAUAAACUGUUGCCGACGUGUCGGUGCACCAAUAGGAUGCCGGGGAUGAUUCGCACGUUGGCACAAUUGGCUUAAAAUAAAGACUACUGCGUCCGAGGAGUUUCAGCGGUGAUUGGGUGUAGGAUUGUGCAUAGAAAAUCACCAAGCUGACUUGUGUGUUUGAUAGCAGCCAUCGGUGAGUGAAAGGCAGACGAUGCAGCAGAAUGGUGCUUUCAGUUUACUGCAGUGUUUGUGUGCGGGAUUAGCCGCUACUUAGCUUUGUGUGUGCAGACGCAGGAGCCAGCCAGCCAGCCGCGUCAGGUGGAUGCGCCUGCAGUGAUCCAGGUCGCCCCUAUGGAUCGCGUCCAUGGAUGUCUUCAAACCCGCUUUGGACAAUAGUUUGAGUCCCAAGGCGAGCAUUCCCUCAUCGGAAGAAGCAGAGGCAGAUGUUUUCCGCUGGCCGACACCGCAGAAUGGCAUCAGCGCCGCGCCGGAUGCGGGACCCGCCGCGCCGGGCUUCUGGACCGCCGUGUUCGACUAUGAGGCGACUGCGGACGACGAGCUCAGCCUGCGCAGGGGGGACCUGGUGGAGGUCCUGUCCAAGGACUCCCUGGUGUCGGGAGAUGAGGGAUGGUGGACCGGUAUGAUAGCAGACCGGGUUGGCAUUUUCCCGUGUAAUUAUGUCAGCAAAGGGAAUGGCAUCCCGGAGGAAAUACGGGACACCUCAGAGCAGCAGUACUCAGUGCCUCCUCUGCACCUCCUGGAGAUUGAUUUCUCAGAGCUGACUCUUGAGGAAAUCAUCGGGGUGGGCGGUUUUGGAAAAGUCUACCGUGCCAUAUGGCGGGGCUCAGAGGUGGCGGUGAAAGCAGCGCGACGAGACCCUGACGAGGACCCGGACCAGACUCUAGAGAGCGUCCGUCAAGAGGCGAAGCUCUUUGCCAUGCUCAACCAUCCCAACAUCAUGGGGCUGCUGGGGGUUUGUCUACAAGAGCCCAACCUGUGCCUGGUCAUGGAGUUCGCUCGGGGCGGCCCCCUCAACCGGGCCCUCGCGGGGAAACGAAUCCCUCCGUGCACGCUGGUGGAUUGGGCCGUGCAGAUCGCCCGGGGCAUGCACUACCUCCACAGCCAGGCCAUCGUCCCCAUUAUUCACCGGGACCUCAAGUCCAGCAACAUCCUGAUCCUUGAGAGGGUUGAGAUGGAAGACCUCAGCAACAAGACCCUGAAGAUCACCGACUUUGGCCUGGCUCGAGAGUGGCACCGCACCACCAAGAUGAGCGCAGCUGGCACUUACGCCUGGAUGGCUCCCGAAGUCAUCCGCUCGUCCACGUUCUCCAAGGGUAGCGACGUUUGGAGUUACGGCGUACUGUUGUGGGAGCUGCUGACGGGAGAGGUUCCGUUUCGGGGUAUCGACGGUCUCGCAGUGGCUUACGGAGUGGCAAUGAACAAGCUGGCUUUGCCCAUUCCCACGACUUGUCCUGAGCCAUUUGCACGUCUUAUGGAGGACUGCUGGAGCCCAGACUCUCACUUCCGGCCGCACUUCACAACUAUUUUAGACCAGCUGACCGCCAUCGAGGAGUCAGGCUUUUUUGAGAUGCCAGCAGAGUCCUUCCACUCUCUGCAGGAUGACUGGAAACUGGAAAUACAGGAUAUGUUUGAUCAACUGAGGACCAAGGAGAAGGAGCUGCGAUCGUGGGAGGAAGAGCUGACCCAAGCGGCGCUGCAGCAGAAGUGCCAGGAGGAGGCGUUAAGGAGGCGCGAGCAGGAAUUAGCGGAGCGGGAGAUCCACAUCCUAGAGAGAGAGCUCAACAUCAUGAUUCACCAGCUCUACCAGGAAAAGCCUCACGUGGAGAGCAGACAGGGCAAGUUCCGACGCAACCGCCUAAAACUCAAGGACGGGAACAGGAUCAGCUUGCCUUCAGAUUUUCAGCACAAAAUCACAGUGCAGGCGUCGCCCUCUCAUGAUCGGCGCAGGAGUUUGCUCAGCAGCAGUUCCAGCCCUCCGAACAGUCCACAGAUGCUGCCCCGCCUAAGAGCCAUACAGCUCACUCCAGCGGAAGGGUGUACAGCCUGGGGUCGCUGCACAGGGUUUCAGCAGGAUGAAGAGGAAAUGGAGAGGAAGGGGUCCAGGAAGAAGGGCAGAUCUCGCGGGGGUGGCCCUCACAGGGAGCACAGUGCUGAUGCGAGUGUGAAACCUCCCCAUGAGGGGAGCAGGCAGCGGUCCUGCAGCGCCCCGAACCUUCGCAGAUCCCCAAGACACAGUCCAGCAGUGCCUGGAGUGCCAAGCCUGGUGGAGAUGGAAAAUGAGGACUGCUGCUUCACUACUGAGCCAGGAGCAGCCUCUGGUCAGUCCUACCUCUGCAUCCCCUUCCACAAAGAGGGCCACACAGCUGCUGCUGCUGCUGAUGGUGAAGAUGGAGAUGAGUACUGCCCCAGCGGCCAGGUACCGGCAACACCGCCGUGCAGGAAAAGCCCAGGAGGUGGUCGGCGCUCUGAGCUGGUCCUGCUGGGCUGCGGAGCUCUGCUGGCAGCCGUCGGACUGGGCUGCAACCUGCUAACUUUGGCUCAACCGGAAGAGAGCAUCAAAACACGAUGGGAGAGCUUCUUCCACAGAACGGGGGGCCAAAGGCGGAGCACCAGCCCCACAACUCGCAGACUGUUCAGGCGGGAAAGCCCAUUGAAACCCUCAGUACCCUCAUUACCUGAGCGAGGUUUGCCCUCCUCUUAUACGCUGCUGUCCUUAUCAUCAGUGUCAGACUGCAACUCCACCCGCUCACUGCUGCGCCCUGACAGCGAAGAGUUGUUAGUCUGUCGCCCUGCUUCCCCGCCCGCACAGCAUCCCGUCCCACCUCCUGUCCUGAGGCAUCAUGGCGUCCAAACCCCAGUCAACCCACUGGUCAACACCCACCUUGAGAGCUUCAAGCGUAACCCCCGCCAGUCUCUCACGCCCACACACAUACCCUCCGCCACAAGUUCGUCACGUAGCUUGCGUCGAACGCCGUCAGACGGAGCCAUCAAGAAGAGCAGCCCUCCUCAUAAUCUUGAACCACUGCCAGAAAAGAAAGCACUGGAGAACACAGGUGGUUUUAGAGGACUAAAAGAAGACUUUUCUGAAGUUCCCCGGCUCCCAGAUCCAAAUGUGGUGUUCCCCCCAACACCCCGACGUCGCUGUGCCCCUGAACGCCCCAAAACUCUAGACUUUGUAGCUCGGCCUCGGCCUUCACCACGAGCACGCUGUGACGUGUUUUGGGGGGAAGCGAAGCCUCGGGGAAACGGACAGACUCUAGGUAAUGGUGAAUCCCCGGCCCACACCUCCAGCACAGAGACUCCACCCACUGUAGAGUUUGGGAGAGACCCUGCAGUGCUGCCCACCCCCAUGGAGGCCCCGACACCUUACUCCCCCCGCAGGAACGAAAACCUGUUGGAUCAGCUGGACGAGGGACAGUGCCGGGACGGAACCAUCCCCCUCUGCAGACCGGAAAUCAGCUUUCCCAAAGACUCACCUUAUCGCUACAGACCUGGAUUCUGGUCCUAGCUUUGUCCCAUGUGCAUACAGCCUCAGCCCUUCACUGGUCCAACACAAGGAGGGGAGUGUCCCUGGUAUAAGCCUUUGGAUUGUUAAAGGUGUGGGUCAAUCAGUACUUACAAAUUGUUCUCUGAAACUGUUUUAAGCUUUAAUCAGUACUUGAAUGGAGGUGGUUCAACUUUGCCCAUCUACAGUAUUGUCACCUAAAUCACAGGAAGACAUGCAAAAUUGACUUUCAUGUACUUGCUGUGAAUACUUUACCUCUCUGUGUUGCCAUUUGUGGUAAAAAUCCUCCAAUUUGGCAUCUAAAAACUGCUAAAACAAACCUCGGAAAUUAUUUUAAAAUAUGACUUGACCCAGGCGUGGUUAAGAAACGAAUAAUAAUCUUUUAGCUUUGAUUCCUCUCACCUACAGAAACCCUGUCAUUUAAGAUGUUCCCCUGGGGAAUAAAUAGAUGUAAUGGUUCGACUGUAAUCGUAUGUGUUAUGAAGAAAAGCAUUGACAGUAUCACAAAGCUUUACAUACUUUUCUUAAUUUCAAGCUUGAGUUGAAGAUUGUGCAUUUAAUGAAGUGCACUUUUGGAAAGCAUCAUGAAUGUAAAGCUUCAGGUUUUUUUCCAUUGUCAAAAAAAAACAACAAAAAAAACAAAACGAUUUACACGCUGUCUCUGAUUUUUUUGUAAUUCGUCUGCAAAAGCAUUGUGUUAUUUGAAUGCAUCUGUGUAUCUCAUUCUCCUGUGCUAGUGGCUGGAUGCAUUCCUGUUUUUGUACUGAGAACCUGUCAUCACCAAUCACCUCUACAGAGAAAUAUUCCGGGGACGGGGGACGCUGUUGUAUAAUAUGAGCACUGUUUUGCAUAAUCAGCCCACAGUCUCGAAACAGUGCCAGUACAAUGAUGUCUGACAUCGUUUCGAGCUCUGUACGAUGAUCUGUACCAUAAAGAAGAAUGUCACUACUGCUUGACUCGGACUGGGUUUGAAUUGGGAUCGAUUGUUUUCCCCCGUCAGAGCAGCUCGUUCGGAUCCCGACCCACCACAGUUGAGAAACAAAUUCUCAAACAAAACAAAAAAAGGGAACUUUGUAUUUGUAACUCUGUAAAUUGUCUGCCUCAUAAAUUGUUGAUCAAGAUGGAAUGAGGGAUGUAUGUCUUAGGUGAUGUAAGCGACAAAGUGCAUGAGUUUUGAAUGGCAAACACGUGAAGCAGGCCCUGGUGGCAUGUGGAAGUUCAUUCCUGAUUAUGAUUUGUAUUUCUAUUUAUUUAUUUAAUGUUAUUUAUUCUUUAAUUUAUCUGAUGGUUUUAUUUUUUUAAUUUUAUUGCAUUUGCCUUGAUUUUUUUGACACUGUUUACUGCAGUUCAUGAGAGUUUAAUGUGGCUUCCGACAAAAUGCGUUCAUUUAUUUUUUUGUCCUCGUGUUUAUUUCAUGGUUUUGUUUUGUUUUUGUUUUUUUCUGUUUCAGAGCAUUUUAAAUUAUCUUCAGGUUUUGUUUUGGGUUUGUUUGUUUCUUUUUUUGGUUUUCCAUCUGCUUUCAUAAGGGUACAGGUAGUUUCAAUCCAACUCGGGAACUGCAGUUGAAACAAACAGAUUAAUCAAUAAUGAAAAUAGUCAUUAAUUGCAGGUCUAAUUUAUAAUAACAGUCAACUGGUUUGUGCACAUUGCUUACAUUUUGUUUCCACAUUUUACAUGCAUUUGUCUCGGCCAGACUGAGGUUAAAUAUUAUUUUCAAGUAAUUUUUACUGUUUAUUUUCACCUGCUAGACAGUACAAUUCACAAUAUUAGGAAAUAUUUAAAGGGGAAAUUACUGCUGUCAGAGUUGGUAAAUGAACUAUCAACAUAGCAGGUAAAAACGAAGAAUUAUUUGAAAAUAAUAAAUAGAAACACUAUCUGACUCGGGUCUUAAUGCCUGUUCCUCUCAGUUCUUUUUCAAAUAUCAAGUGGCCUCUCAGCCUGGAGUACUGCAUCCACUGAGACUUGAUCUCUCUUUAACCGAAGAGUGACCUGAUGUUCAUGCAAAUGUGAAUGCUUUCUGCCUGAGGACUGUGCGGAAUGUGAUCAUGCUCGAUGUACACGGUAUCUCAACUAAGGGUGAUAGUUGAAGGUAUAGCCAAGGUGUCAUUAUCUGUUUGAAAUGUUACCACGAAUAAGCUGAUCUUACUGUCGCUGAUGGACAUUGUUUCAGGUUGGAAACAAUACUGUUAUUGACUGACUUGUAUUUGCACUGGAACACACUGAUUUGAGUAAAAUCAUAGUAAACAAUCCAACCAGAUCGCCAUUUCUUCUCUGUCCUCAUUGAAUUAAAGGGUAUUAAAGUGUCUGUAA